AUGGAAGCUUACUCGAGCACUUACCCUGUGUCCAAGUCUCACUCUUUACUUCAUUCUGUGAGGAAGGCACAAGCAAAACCGUGGAAGAAAGCGCCGGUGGCACCACCGGCACCGACACCGAUCAGAGUGUACAAGGUGGACGCUAUCAACUUCCGUGACCUUGUUCAGCAGCUUACGGGUGCACCUGAGCUCAACCCUCAGCUUCAUCAGCAACUUCUCCAAAGGGUUUCACCUAUUGCUACCACGCCGCCAAAGACCAUGUUGCCAACCAGAGACAACAUCACUGCACCAUCUCCAACUGUGUCCUCCGCUAACUGGUACCAGGGACAGCAACCUCAAACAUUGGAAUUGAAUUUAUCAUCACCCUCUUCUUAUAACUGGUGCUCUGUUCCUCGUACCAGGCAAGGAGCCAUGACCACCUUGGAACCGGGUCGGGUUCUCUAG